AAGCAUUUCAGCAUAAGAAACAUUUCCGAGUCCAUUAGCUUUACCGAACGAUCGUAAUCAUCUUCAACUCCCUCAAGGUCACAAGAAGACCUCUUCUCCUUUGACGGAAACACUGAAACUGCAUUUGUUAUUGUUCUCUCCCCUUAUCCUGCAUUGCUUGUAGCCAUUACACAGGCUGAUGCCUGGACGGCUGCACUAUUGUAUUCCACCAAAUUUGAUUGCACGGCCUGCAGGCUGAUAUCAUCAGAUAAUCACUAAACAAGUAAGCGGUCAGAUCAUAAGACAGAAGAGUUUUCCAAAUGAUGCUUAUAACAGGGAGGCUGCUGGAGGGGCAGAGCUGAAUUACCUAUGGUUAGCAAGAACCAUGAUCACCGUCUUGCUGCUUAUUCUCGGCUUCGAGCCAUUCGUCGCUGCCGUCAAUCCACUGACGCAGAUCUGCUACUACAGAGACUCCCACCUGAACGAGAGCACCUAUAAAGCGAACCUUGAGCUCCUAUCCACUGCGCUAUUCAGUAGUGCCUCAUCCACACGAACCAACCUCGCCAAGGGCUUCGUCGGGACUGACCAAGACCGCAUAUACGGCGUCGUGGUGUGCCGCGGUGAUGGCGUCGUCGAUGCCUGCCCCAGCUGCAUCACCACAGCAUUCCAGGAUGUGUGGCGGGUGUGCAGAAACCACAAGGAGGCCCAUAUUCUAUACAAGGAUUGCAUCGUCCACAUCUCCGCGAAGGACCUUAUCUAUGACUCCACUGUUGUGCUGAACAGGCUGCUGGUCUUUACGGACACCACAAAACACAAUAUGGAUCCCAACAUCCCCAGCGAGGUGCGCGCCAAGUACACCGAUGUCAGCAUUGAUGGCAACAUCAAGGUGCUGCUUCAAGAGACAGCCAAACAAGCAGCCUACAACUCGACGAUGAUGUACGCCACCGGCCGCAUGGAUGUCUACAGCACAAUCCCGCUGCUCUACUCUCUGGCGCAGUGCAACCUGGGCCUAUCGCCAAAUGACUGUUGGGAUUGCCUCGACAAUAUCAGGAGCGCGGCAAAGAGUUUCUUCUACCAGCAACGUGGUGAAUGGAUUGCUGGUGUGUGGUGCAAUUUCAGGUAUAGCACAUAUCAGUUCUACGAGGGUCAGCCCAUGCAGCACAUCACCUUGUCGGGUGCUGUAGAUCCAACAACAAACAUGCCAGCACCCAAGCCGGCGCCAGGGCCAGUUGAUCUUCACAGGCAGAAAGACGAGACUCCCAGCCAUAAACACAAGAGUAAGCAAGACAAUAUUUUAUAUGUUGAAACAUUCCUCAAAACACUGAAAGGAUUAGAUAAACUCUGCCUUUUGAGUUUAGGUAAACUAAGCUCACAGGAAGAUGAAGAACUGGUCUGGGGAAUAGGAAGGAGUCCAGAGUUCAAGCUUUUUGAUUUUUCAGAAGUAUCAAAUGCUACAAAUAACUUCUCAGAUGAAAAUAAAUUGGGGCAAGGUGGCUUUGGUCCAGUAUACAAGGGCCAGCUUCCAGAAGGUUUGGAGAUAGCAAUUAAGAGACUUGCUUCACAUUCUGGGCAAGGUUUCACGGAGUUCAAAAAUGAAGUCCAACUCAUAGCCAAGCUCCAGCACACAAAUCUGGUUAGACUGUUGGGAUGUUGCUCACAAGGAGAGGAGAAAAUAUUGAUCUAUGAAUAUUUGCCAAAUAAAAGCUUGGACUCCUUUAUCUUUGAUGAAACUAAAAGAGCUUUAUUGAACUGGAAUAAACGAAAAGCAAUUAUCGAAGGAAUAGCGCAAGGACUUCUAUAUUUGCAUAAACACUCCCGGUUACGUGUCAUACAUAGAGAUCUUAAAGCAAGCAACAUUCUUUUGGACAGUGAGAUGAAUCCUAAAAUAUCAGAUUUUGGGCUUGCAAAAAUAUUCAGUUCAAAUGAUAUUGAAGGGAACACAAAAAGGGUUGCUGGGACAUAUGGGUAUAUGGCUCCAGAGUAUGCAUCAGAGGGCCUCUUCUCGAUCAAGUCUGAUGUAUUCAGCUUUGGUGUUCUGAUUCUCGAGACCAUCCAUGGAAAAAGGAACUCGUCUUUCCAUAAAAAUGGGGACUUCUUCAACCUUCUUGGAUAUGCAUGGAAGUUGUGGAAAGAAGAAAGAUGGCUUGAGUUUGUUGACGAAUCAAUAGUUUCAGAGUCACAUGUAUCAGAGACAAUGAGGUGUAUCAACAUCGCAUUGCUGUGUGUGCAAGAGAAUGCAGCUGAUAGACCCACCACAACAAGCGUGGUUACGAUGCUAAGCAGCGAAAGUAUAGCCCUGCCUGAACCUAAGCAUCCAGCGUAUUUCCACGUAAGAGUAACGGACGAAGAGCCGCCUAGCGCUAACGAUGUGACAAUGUCUGCUCUACAGGGCAGAUAAUAUCAUCCUGCAUGAUGUCGUUGCUUUGCUGAGGGGGACUCCUUCUGUUUUAUUAACAAAGUUCAGACAGAAACAGAGACGUGCGUUUGGUUAAGAGCGUGUAAUGAAAGGGAAGACAAUCUACUCAUGUUCAGACAGACAAAAGAUGACUACAUAAUGUGCAUAGUGUAAUGUUGAAUCAUAACCGGGCGCCUCGGUUGCUAAUUAGUCAUCGACUUCAUGUUCGUGAACGGUGAAUUGUGAAGUGCAGUGGUUCCUGUUUGCCUUUUGUGUAGAAAUGGUAAUGCUUGCCUACAGAAGUAGAGAUAAAGGGGUGAUGCACGGUAGGUUAAGAUUAUUCAUCCAACUACAGAAGCUUUUGUAGUACUGAAUGAAACCAUAAGCAUAAGCAUCCACAGAGCAGAGCAAAGGGCUAUCUGUACUGAAUCCUGUUUUGAAUCGAUUCAACGCGGUAGUUCCAGUCCCCCCAAGAAGAAAAAAUUCCCCGGAGCUAACCUCGCUUGAUGGAUCGAUUCGAGUAAGGGGAAUCGCGGGCACCUUCGGACGAGGAGGCGGGGAAGACGCGAGAUGCCUCGCCGCCGCAUCGGCCUCCCACGGCCGUCGCCGACCACCGCCGGAUCCAUAGCGGGGCAGCCGCCGGAGGUUGCGGCGGCGGCGCGACGCUGGUCGCAGCGCUCGCACCCGCUGGGGCGUACUGGAACGAGCGAGGGACAGAGAGAGAGCGCCCGCUGGGCUGGGAAUGGGAUGGACGGCGGACGGGCGGGUGCCGCGCGCCGGCCUGCCUAUGAAAAACCAAAGUCUUUUUUUUUAAGGGAAAAACGAAAGUCUUAAUUGCACUUGGCCCCAUAUACAUCAUUAAUUAUUGGGCGCUUAUAGGCGCCGGCGCACCGGCCGAGCGUUUCCGCCGGUCCAGCCCAGGCCAUCGGAUGUGAGCCACGCAGCCGUUGGAUCCAGGCAAAUAAAAAAAACAGAUCGCCCCCAACUUCUUCCUUGGGCAGUCGGCCUGGAUCCGCAUCUCCCGCUCGGGGAGCACGGCACCGCGCCUCCUGUCCCCUCCGGUGGUCGUCCCCGUCGUCAGUCCCCACCCUCGUCGGUCUUCC